CCUACCAUGAGCAGUAGCACCAGCAGCGAUGGAGGUGUCGACUUCGCACUUUACCGUUAUACACCCUCAAUUGCGGCAGCAGUAAUUUUUGCGGUGAUUUUUCUGGUCCUCACAAUUCUGCAUGGUAUUCGACUAUGGCGACAUCGCACGUAUUUCUUCGUUCCUUUUAUCAUCGGUCUACUCUUUGAAUGUGCGGGCUACAUUGCUCGUAUCUUUUCACACUUUGAUACCCAGGCGCUUGGUCCAUACAUUGUUCAAACCAUGCUGAUUCUGGUCGCGCCACCUCUCUUCGCCGCCUCGAUUUAUAUGACCCUAGGCAGAGUCAUUGUUAACCUCAACUGUCAUCAACUGUCGAUUAUACCGGUACGAUUUCUUACAAAAAUAUUCGUGGUUGGAGAUGUGAUCUCGUUCCUCCUCCAAUGUGGAGGUGGUGGUUAUAUGGCUGCUGGAACACUCUCUGCCAUGAACAUUGGUGAAAACAUCGUCAUUGGCGGUCUUGCCAUUCAGCUUCUUUUCUUCGGCUUUUUCGUUGUCGUAUCCGCGGUAUUCCACUGGCGCGUUAGGAGGAGUAUUCCGCAUUCCCCGGAGAGCAGCAAGAAGUGGGAAUCUAUCAUGUGGGCUCUCUAUGCUGCCUGCUUCCUCAUUCUGGUCCGAUCGAUCUUCCGUGUGGCCGAAUUCGUCGAGGGCAAUGAUGGUUUUAUCAUGAAAAGAGAAUAUCUUUUGUACAUCUUUGACGCCUGUCUCAUGGCUUUGACUGGAAUUGUGCUAGCAGUCAUCUACCCGGGCUCAUUCAUUGGACGAAACGGUAGCAAGCGAGACAGCGAGGUCCAGCUUAUGUCAACAGAUGAGGACUGUAGGCAGCAGAGAUCUAAGGCCUAUGCAGCCUAA